GAACUAGAUUUUUCCCCCACUUUCCUUUUUUCCCAAACAACUUUCUCUCUCCUCUUUUUCUUCUCCCCCUUUUUUUUUCUUUUUAAUUUAAUUUUAUAUUUGUUGGGGUUUUAAUUAUUAAAUAAAUUGACAUUUAUACGUUAAUAAAAUAAUGAGAUUUUGUAUUGAAAAAGAAGGAAGAAGAAGUAAAUAGCAGUAGUGUUGUUGAUGAUGAUGAUGAAGAAUUGAAUGGAGUUAGUGUUAAAACGAUGGCGUUUCGAGAAGUUAGUGUUGUUGUUGAUGAUGAUGAUGAUGAUGGAGCUGUAAUCCCCAUUUCUAGACCUUCUGCUGUUGCUGUUAAUUCUGGAUCAUCCUCUCUUUUAGAUGAAGAUUCAAUGUGGCCUGUAAAUAUGCGAUCUUCUGAAGCAUUGGAUACUGGAAUUUAUCCUCCUGGUCCCUAUCCUGAGCGUGAAGGGGAACCAGAUUGUUCCUUUUUUCUCAGAACAGGACUUUGUAGAUUUGGUUCGACAUGCCGCUUCAAUCAUCCUUCUAAUAGAAAGCUAGCUCUCGCCACUGCAAGAAUGAAGGGGGAGUUUCCAGAAAGGACCGGUCAACCUGAAUGCCAGUACUACUUGAAGACUGGAACAUGCAAGUUUGGAGCAACAUGCAAGUUUAAUCAUCCUAAAGACAAAGCUGGGAUUGCUGGAAGAGUACCUGUAAAUGUCUUAGGAUACCCGCUUCGCCCGAAUGAACCUGAGUGUGCAUACUAUUUAAGAACCGGACAAUGUAAAUUUGGGAGUACAUGCAAGUUCCAUCACCCUCAGCCAUCUGCUUCUUUCCGCGGUUCUUCUGUGUAUCCACCUGUUCAAUCUCCGACAACUCCUGGUCAGCAGUCAUAUCCAGGAGGAUUAACAAAUUGGUCUUUGUCUAGAGCCUCAAUUAUUCCUAGUCCGCGUUGGCAAGGUCCUUCAAGCUACACACCUUUGAUUCUUCCACAAGGAGUUGUUUCAGUUCCAGGGUGGAAUGCCUAUAUGGGUCAGAUGGGUUCAGUCUCGUCUCCUGAAGGACAGCAGCAGACAUCAGGAAACAGUCCUGGCUAUGGGACUGCACGCCAGAGUGAAUCUGCAGUUGCUGCCUCUCAGGGUGCAUAUUCUUCGUAUCGCACUGGAUCUAUCCCUAUGGGUUACUAUGCGCUUCAGAGAGACAAUGUUUUCCCUGAGAGGCCUGGACAACCCGAAUGUCAAUACUACAUGAAGACUGGUGAUUGUAAGUUUGGCGCAGUUUGUCGGUUUCAUCAUCCCAGAGAAAGGCUAGUUCCAGCUCCCGACUGCCUCUUGAGUGCUUUGGGCUUGCCAUUGCGUCCGGGAGAACCUUUGUGCAUAUUUUAUUCUCGUUAUGGUAUAUGCAAAUUCGGUCCAAACUGCAAGUUUGAUCAUCCAAUGGGAAUUUUUGCAUACAAUGUCUCUCCCACAUCUACUGAUGCCUCUGCUAUGCGGCGUUAUCUGGGAUCAUCAUCAGCAGCAGGCUUAACAUUGACGUCAGAAGGGCUGGUUGAAUCAGGCACAGGGAAGAACAGGAGGCUCUCUUUGUCAGAAACGAGGGACUUGCAGUCUGGUGAUGAUGAUGUCGAAACUGAUAGAUAAAGCUUAAGCUUCCUCCUAAAUAGAGAAGCUUGAUGGGUUGACUCCCCUUUUUGCAAUCUUUUGCGGCAUUAUGAGGAGCUUACCUGUAAAUUCAUUUUCCGAUUGCUGAAGAUGUACAGCUUUCCUUUCAUGUUUAAGUUGAUUAUAUACUUACAAAUUCUCUGGAAAAAAAAAAGGAUGUAUUACAGCCGAGAGUUUUGGCCGCCCUUCCCCUACUCCUUCAUGUGCUGUAAAUCUGAAAUUAUUGUCACAUUUGGUGAAAUCAUUGUGAACAAUUGAUCACCUUCUCUGUUAUGAAAAACCUUUGAAAUUAUCCUUGCAGAA